AUGAGUUCACCACCCAUCUCGCCCUCUCAGCAGUCCCUGUCACUACAAAACAACUUCACCUGUGUUUCUGCAGUUUACAAGCCAGCACAUGAGAACAAAGAGGAGCAGGUCCCGGCAGCCGUGCUGGAACACCUGGAGCGCCUGGCGCUGGUUGACUUCCGCGAUGCGGAGGGCGUGCAGCGGCUGCGGGAGGCCGUGCGUUUCGCCGAGCGGCUGCACGAGGUGGACACGGAGGGAGUAGAACCCAUGGACUCCGUGCUCGAGGACAGGUGUCUGUAUCUUAGAGAAGAUGAUGUUACCGAAGGCAACUGCACAAAAGAGCUGCUGAAAAAUGCCAGAGAGAAAAUAGAGGAAUAUUUUGUAGCCCCACCAGGUAACAUCCCUUUACCAAAGUUAGAAGAGAGAGAGACUUUUGAGCAGCAAUCUUAAUGAAAGCCAAGAGCCAAAAUGUCAUUUUCAAUAUUUUAUUUU